GGCACUGAUAUAAGUACUAGCUCACCUCACGCAUGCACCAAUCUCAGUCAUCCAGUGCUUGCUCGCUUCUUAAUUUCUCAGUUUCGAGUUUCCAACAGUUCAGUGUCUUAGAUUCUCUUGCCAUGGCUAGUGUUGAGGUGGAAACAGCUUCAGCUGCCACUGUGGAAAUCGAGGCUCCUUCACCUGCUGCCAAAGAAGUGGUCGAAGCCGAGGUCCCGGCCGCAGCCGCAGAAGAACCCAAAGUAGAAGAGGAGGCAGCACCAGCCAAAGCAGAAGUGGUGGAACCUGAGGAGAAGCCAGCAGAAGAGGAGAAGCUCGAAGAAGUUGCUUCCCCAGAAGCUGUUGCUGCUGCAGUGGAGACUACAGAGGAAAUGAAGCCAAAGGUAGAACCAAUAGCAGAACCAGAAGCAAGUACAGAGGAAGCCAAAUCUCCUGAAGGGGAGAAAGAGUGUGUUUAGAGUUUGGUGAGUUUUGUUGGGAUGGAAGAGAGAUUCAGAUAAAGCUUAAACAGAGGGAUAUGCAGAGAAGAACAGUUAUAAGGAUUGAUGUAGAUGAUAAAAAAGAAUAAGAAUGACAUGAAACUACAAACAGGGCAAGGGUUCUGGGUAUAGUUUCGCUUGAGGAGGCCGUUUGUACUGCGAGUCGAUGGGGCGUGAUUCGGUUUGGUUCAUAUUUACUCUUUAUUUGAAUUCUAUGGUUAUAAGUUUUUUUUAAUUAUUAAGAAAUAAUAAAGUAAUGCACUCUUAGACGGUUUUUUUUU